GAAAUUAAAUUUCAGGGAUGGAGUUGAUUUGGGACUGGGAUUCAGUGAGUCGCGAAAAUUUGAAGCUCACUCCAUUUUUUCUGGUUCCUGUCACCAUGACGAUUCAGCUUCUUCCCAUUUUCUGAGUCGCAAUUGGCUCAUAAGCCAACCGGUGUAAUAGUAAUGGUGCCACUCAUAACGGAGCUUCCUGUAAUCAAUGGCUUUCACCCAUUGCUCCGUUCCUCCUUAUGCCGAUACCCUUGUUCCUCAAUUCGCAGCCUCUUCUUUCGCCGCCGGAAGAUGUUUCUCGGGUUGGCUGGAUAUCGGAAUUCCUACCCGUUUCUGAGUACUACAGCGAACAGUUCUUUGUCAAAUGCUGCUGGAAGGGCCAAUAUGGAGAAGGAUUUCUGGGAUGAUUAUGAGUUCGUGGAAGUGAUUGGCAUUGGCAGUAGGAAGGAAGCCGUACUUGAUUUUUGUCUCGAGUCGGCUCUCAGGAUUUCAUCUCUGCGAUUUUGGCAAAUCGUAAAGCAUGAUUCUCUAAAAGUGCAACUACUUCAGAGAUUCAUUGGAAAAGAUUAUAACCCAAGGAUGAUUGACGUUCCACUGUCACUACAAUCGUGUUCGAAGGCUGUUAUACUUGUGGUUAGUGCUGGAUAUGGCUUGGAUUACUCUGCAGCUGUUGAUAUUCUUAGAACCGUAAGAUCUGCAAAUGGAUUUACUGUAACAAUUGUCUUAAAGCCUUUUAGCUUUGAAGGGCAAAGGCGCCAGGAUGAGGUUAAACAUCUGGUAGGAAGGCUAAAGGAACAUACAAGCUUCUUAAUCGAUAUUGACACCGAUAGACUACUUGAAAAGGACUUGGUCACUCUUGAUGAGGCUGUGAGAUCUGCUAAUAGUGCUGUCUUGAUGGCUAUAAAUUCAAUAUCCAUUAUCAAGUCUGAAAUGUUGACUAAGUUCAUAGAUGAGCCUCAGAAUAGUGUGAAAGAGCUUGGUGUUAUAGACGUCAUGGAAAUUUUGGAGAACCUUAAAGAAGGAAAGAUUGGAUUUGGAGCCGGUCACAACUUUCGGACCUCAGUCUUAAAGUCAAUUUAUGACUGCCCUUUCCUCAGUGUGCAUUUAAAGGAUUUGAAAGGUGCGGUUUUAUGCAUCGUGGCAAGCUCAAGUAUUAUUGAUGACAAUGAUAAAAGUACCCUGUUGAAAACUUUUCGUGAAGUUACAGCAUAUACAGGAAAAGUUAUAUUAUCCAUAAUUCAAGAUCUAAAUCUGGAGCCCAACUUUCUCAUGACAACCAUCCUUAUUGUUGGCUCAACAAAGCAGCAAUCUUCCAAAAGUAGUAGCAUUUUAUCAAGAUUGGCCCAGCGUUUCCCUUCGGUUUUCAAGCUUUUAUGGAAACCUCAAGAACCAUUAGAGGAAGCUGAAGAAAGUGAUAUGCCUGAAGAUGCAAAUCCUUCCAAUGUAAGAGAGUCAUCAGACUCUGAUAUGGUCAUAACUCAAAUUGCUUCAGAGGGCUUGGAUAAAAUUUUUUAUCAAGAUCCUGAAAAUCUCCAGACAACAUUCAACUACAGUGAUUUAUUAAGUUCAAGGGGAACAAAUGACAGUGAUUUUGAACAACCUGAGGCUGGAAUAGUAGAAACUGAUGUGAAUUCUUUGCCUUUCAGCAAUGCAGUUAGUAGAGGAGCUUCUUUUCGCAGAGACCCCCUCCACAGAUGGAAUUUGGGUCCAGCACAUCAGAUUGCACAGCAGUGGGCUAGGGAAAGAGCUGCUGAUGCUGAAUUGGCUUCUGCAUUUGACAGUAUAAGCAUAUUUGACCUCCCAGUUGGGGUGAGACCUUCAGAAGAGCUGAAAGAUAAAUCCACUCCAAAUCCAGAGAUGAAAUAUGAGAAGAAAUCUAAAGCUUCAAUUACUACUUCCAGAUUUUCUUCUCAGACUUCGUUAACUGAUACUAGUUUAGAAGUGAUUAAGGAAUUUUACGAUACCUCAUCUGCAUUUUUAAGAGGGAAAUCUCCUGACCUUCCUAAGAAGCAAGGACUUCUGUCUGCUCGUGCUGCAUCAAUGCUGGAAGCCGAGCGAGAUUCACCUAAAAAGUGGAGUCCUGUUAUGGAGUUGCAGUACAGAGGCGGCGUUUACAGGGGACGAUGCCAAGGAGGGCUUCCCGAAGGGAAGGGCCGUCUAGUACUUCAAGAUGGGAGCAUAUAUGAUGGUAUGUGGCGCUAUGGUAUGAGAUCAGGUCAAGGUACAGUCUACUUCAACAAUGGAGAUAUGUUUCAAGGAUCAUGGAGAGAUGAUGUCAUGCAUGGAAAGGGCUGGUUUUAUUUUCACACAGGGGAUCGAUGGUUUGCAAACUUCUGGAAGGGAAAGGCUUAUGGAGAAGGUCGCUUCUACUCAAGGUCAGGCGAUGUUCUAUUUGGUCAUUUCCAAGAUGGUUGGCGUCAUGGCGACUUUCUUUGCAUUAAUGUUGACGGUUCAAGAUACAUAGAAGUUUGGAGUGAAGGUUAUCUUAUGGGACGUGAGAAUUUGGAGUCCGGUGCUGAUACAGCAUAAAUAACAAAUAUUGUCUCUCUUUUGCGGUCACUGGGAAGUGUUUCACAUUGGCAAUCGUCCCAGAAACUGUACAUCCUUUAUCUUUUGAAUUAUUUCACUUUGUAGGUUUUGAAUUCUUUGGCAGUAUCAUAGGAAUGAUGUAUAAUGUGUAUAUAUUCAUUUCCACUUCGCCAAGAUUUAAGGAUAUUAUGUAGCCAUGAACAAAAGAACUCCUGAAGCUGGGUUUUUAUGGAAGAUGAGACUUUUAUUCUUGGA